AUGUCGGAUGCAGACUCGCAGCAGAUCCCGCCAAUCGAGAUCGGCUCAUUUAUUGCCCUACGACCCGACAAGAGCGAGUUCAUUGGCAGUGCCAGCGGUGUCUUCUUCGCAAACACCGUCUUCCGGGCUUUCGCAACUGCAACAUCGACCUCUGGCGGUGCUGCGGCAAAGCGCCCUCAGGGAGAUGUAGAUGGCCUCGGCACCACAGCGACGCCGGACCCCGGGUCUGCGCACGAGUAUGUCAUGGCGGAGGAGAAGGCCCAGGAGCAAGCAGUCGAGGACGACGAUUCUCUGGGCGUAGGAGCCGUGGGCGCUGAGGAAGCGAGCAAGAGCCCGGGGAUUCGGUCGUAUGGCAUUGCAGCGCCUGGGCUGGGGAUUCCACCUCCGCCGGCUGUUGCCAAGCGGCUGCUGGUGGAAUACUUUAGGAGAUGGCAUCCUUUUCUUCCCUUUCUCCACGGGCCUACGUUCUUUGACAAGGUGAACCGCUUCUACGACCUGGAGGGCAAGUCUGCGGAACCGAUGAGCCAGCGGAACAAGGUGUAUCAGGCCAUCAUCUUUCAAUGCGUCUUCAACAUUGCCGACUCGAACCACAACCAGAAGCAGGAGAGGGAGCUGCCGGAAGAGUCUCGCAUCAAGUCUUCUGUGGCGCUGACCAGCCUGCUUGGCAUCCUCUCCAGUGGCCACGACAUCCCUUCUUUGCAGGCCCUUCUGGCCGUGGAGCUGUAUCUGAUGACGCAGAUGUCUCUACGAGCAGCUUCGACAGUUCACGGAGCAAUGACGCGCAUCCUAUACCACUGCGGGCUGCACCGAUGCCCCUUUCGAUACGUUCAGUUACCGCGCGAUAUCUGCGACAUGAGGAAGAGAAUCUUUUGGUCUGCCUAUGUGAUUGAUCGUCAUCUGAGUCAGGUGUUGGGGCACCCCCUGGCGCUCAACGACGAGGAGAUUGACGUCUGUCUGCCGGGGGCUCCAGAGGUUCACAAUCCGGCCAGGCCAUUUCAGAACAUACCACACACGCGCUCUCCGGUGACGGAGGAUGACAUGCAUGCCUACGCACCGGUCGACCAUCCGACCUUUGGGUCCGUUUCCUCCGCAGGGGAUCUCACCGAUGGGAGCACCAUUGGCACCCACGAGGACAGCAUCAACACGGACCAGCUUGUAUAUCGGCCACAGAGCUUGGGCGAAUCCAUUCUCGGCUUUCUGGUGACGUAUUCACGGCUGCUAGGGCAGGCUCUGGACCUUUUCCACAAGUCCAUCCACAGCCGGUCCAUCACCUGGGACAAGGUGCUGGAGAUGACGUCCAAGAUUCACGCGUGGUGGAACACGCUUCCGCCGUCCUUUCAAGGCGAAGGCUUGACGUCUAUCUUUGUAGAGCCUCAAUCGCACCAUGGCCCUCCCUUUGCGAUAUUGUACCACCAACUCAUCCUCAUCAUGAACCGACCAUUCCUCUCUCUCCCUACGAACCGAACAGAUUUUCAAUUCAGUCUGCAAACGGCUGUGAACGCCAGCCGCGCCAUUGUCAAGAAGCUCAAGCUGCGGCAAGGGGAUUCGCCCUUGGUGGCGUGGCCAGGGAUGUUGUCGGCUGCGUGGAUGGCCGGGCUCGUCAUUGCCUACGCCGGGCUGUUGAAGCUGUAUCCAAUGGAGAAAACUAUACUGGAUCUCAACUGCGCCAUAAGGCUGCUCGGCAUGAUGAGCCGAAACUGGACCAGCGCCCACCACUGCCGCGUGACGCUGAAGAUGCUGCUGGACAGGCUGACAUCGAAGCCGUUCAUGGAUCGAAUCAACCCAGCGUUGUCGGCAGACCCGUCCCUCAGCAUAUUGACGGACUGGAGCCAACCCGUCUUUUCAACAUACCAGAAUCUUCUCGAGGGGAGCCGCAGCAAGCGCCGCCGGGUCGAACAGAACAACGUCAACAGCAAUAACACUGGCAACAAUGCCGGCAACAACAGCAUUGGCAGCAACCCUGGCCUUAUGGGCAAUGCCAUGAGUGGCUAUCCUGCCAGCCACUUCAUUGGACCCGACUCAGGGUUCGUGGGCGGUGACAAUCUCUGGGACUACCCAAGCUUCCAGCCAGUGUUGGAAUAUACGGGCCCAGACUUUGGGUUCGACGCAGAUCAGCUCUCUCAGCAGGGGGAGUGGGAGAGAUUCCUGAGUGAGAACAUGAAUCCGGAAUCGUCAGGACUACUGUUCAACAAUGUCGGAUGGGACUCGUACGUUCAGAACCUAGGAGACAGACUGAAUUUGUAA